GCUAAUGAAAUGUUGAAACUAUGCCGGCUGUUGAGUGAAUAUCUUUAUUUCCCGUCAGGUACACUUUCUAAAUGAUAAAGGAUGAUGUCUUCUUCUAAACCGUCCAUGAGGUGUGAUCCCACCAAAAAGCCUGGCAUGGAUAGAAAUAGUAAAGGCUCUGCUGACAAAAGUCUCAAACCUGUGAGCACAGACCACAAUCCAGAUGUGGCGAGAGACCGUGUGUUGAAGAAGGUGGGACUCACCAGCAAAGCCUUUAUUGGUCCAGCAUUCCCUUCAGCGAAGCGCAAACCGAAGCCUGACAUGGAAGACUCCCUAACUGAGUUUUACAAAGAGCUUGAGAAGAUUGAUACAGCAGAUGGGGGAGCAGACGACCCGAGAAAACACGAUGUUCAUCCUGUCUUACCCGCUGAAAACAAGGAAACAAGUCAAGUGAGAAAUUCUGUAGGAUGCUACCAGAACAAUGGUGCACAGACACACACAUCUUGGAAUCAUCGCUAUCAAAAUGAGCCGUACCACCUCAAAAGACAGCGGCCAGACAUGAACCGCGACAACUUUGUUUCCUACCAAAAUCAGUGGAAUUAUCCUCCAGCGGACAACAGGCCGCUGCCACCCCCCACAUCUCACAGACCACCAUUCCCUCACCAACAACACCAGCCUGCAUUUCCACAUCCCCAAAACCUGCCGCCACGUGCCAGCCCGGCCUUCCCCUGCUCAGGAAAAACGAACCACUAUCAGGAUGAGCGUACAGUUCCAUCUUUUUCUCGUUUUUUGCCACCAGAUGGAUGCAGUCCCCCCUCUCAGGGCUAUCCUGAAAACGUUCCGCCACAUUUUGAUAGGGAUUACAGGGGCGGUCACUAUGACAGACGCUCAAAUAAUCCAAAUGAGGAGUGGCGUGAGGACGGAAAAGAAGAACGGUUUUGGUGUGACGACGAGUAUGACAGGCCUCCGAGCUUUGAAUCAGAAAGGUGGGACCAACAGCGCCACCCCCAGCCCUUUGACCAUACCCACACACACCGUCCGGCCUCUGUUCUAAUCUUGAUGAGGGGAUUACCAGGAUCUGGGAAAACCACUCGGGCCAGGGAGCUGCUCCACACCGGUCCAGGAGGGGUCAUUCUGAGCACGGAUGACUACUUUGCCCACAAAGGGGGCUACUGCUACAACCCAGAGCUGCUGGGAACUGCACACGAGUGGAACCAGAGCAGAGUUAAAGGGGCUUUGCUUGACGGCCGCUCUCCCAUUAUUAUCGACAACACAAACCUCCAGGCCUGGGAAAUGAAGCCUUAUGUCAAAAUGGCCUUAGAGAGAGGAUACAAAGUGGACUUCUGUGAACCUAACACCAGCUGGAAAUUUGAUCCUCUUGAGCUGGAGAGGCGGAACAAGCACGGUGUUGGUCAGGAAAAGAUCAAACAGAUGAUGGAUCGCUUUUCAUUUCCCGUAAAUGUCGACAUCGUCAUGAGUUCACAGGAGCCGCCUCGUGUCACCCAGAGACAUCAGCCCGAGAGACCACCCACUAUUAGAGGAACACAAGAAUUUUAUUAGCUUUCUCAGGUAGUUCCCUUCUGCUUUAAGACCAAAACGUUUGUACUGAUGUAAAUAAUCGAAACUAUUUCUACGUGAUUUUUAAUUUAUUACUUUGUAUACUGUAAAUUGAUUCCAUAAGAAGAUAAAGGAUUCCUAUUUUUCUGUAGACUUUAUCAUAAUUAUAUUUCUAGGCAUUUGCUGGGAAAGAAUUUUUGAAUAUUUUUGCAUUGAGAGAAUCAUUUUUGAGACACUUUUUAUAUUUUUCAUGUAAGAUAUACACGGUGGAAAACUAGAUGUUUGCUCCCAUCUCCAUGGCAGUUUGUGGCUGAUUUGAUUAUCUGCUUGUAAACGGAGCUGUAUUUGAUCUCUCCUGAUUUCCGUAACUUCCCAGAAAAUCCCAGCUCAGCUUCCAGAGUCGCUGAUAUCUUUGGCUCUGCCUGCAUGUUGCUUUUUUUGAAGGAAAUGCGUUGCUAACCGUUUUGAUGUCUGCAGGGCAGAUCAUAGAGAUUUCCAUUUUUUUCCUGGAAAGUGUAAAAUGUCAUCUGUGAUGAGAUUGAAAUGGUUCCCUUAUCCAGCCCGUAGCCUCCGGACUCCUCCGGGGAGCAGCGGAGUGCAGAUAUAAGAGCAGAGCUAGCUGUGCUCACAGUUAAUGAGUCCGCUUUAGCUUUGGCCGGAACAAAUCAAAGCUUCCUGUUUGCAAGUCCCAGUGAAGCCGCGGAAGUGCAGAAACACAGGAGGGACUUAUUAGGGAACUGAAAGGUGGGGAGGCUGAGACCUAAUUAGCUCCCCAUGGACCUCUCAGACAAACAGAGGUUUAUCCUUCAGAGAAAACCCCGGUUGGGUGUUCUGUUGGAAAUUGUUGAUUUUUUUUUUCUUUUUCUGUUGUCAGACUCACAGUUUGUGAACUGUUUUCUUAGUGGAUUGACACUUCAGAGGUGGAGGACUAAUGGAUAGUUCUCGGAGCAGCUGAGAGCCUGGAGACCCCGUCACACCAGGGCUGUGGUGGGACUCUGGGCUCUCUGUUCCCUCUGGGGCUCAUUACAGCAGGACACAGGUGCUGUUUGCUGGGCCUUUUUUCCCUUUUUUUUUUGAGAGCUGGGAUUUAUUUUUCUCUAAACGUCUGACUGUUUUACCCGAAUGUAACUCGCGUAUUUUAAUGUGUCAAGUGGCAGAUUUAUCUGUUGGCGUUGUAAUUUUUAUUUUUGUUAUUGUUUUUUGUACAUUCUACAAGGUUGAAUUUUGAAUAUUUGGAUUUUUGAGCUUGUUUUUCAUGUGAAAGAUCUUUUUUGAUGUUCUUGCUCCGUUUCCCAUCAUAGACACACAGCUGUACAGCCGUUUACUUCGGGACAAAUGAACAGUGUUUCUGUACGUUCUGUCGUCUUCGAGGUGACGAUGGACUUUGUGUUAUGCGAAUUUCAGCCUCUGAUAAUGAAGAACAACAGAUCCAUCACUGAUGUGUCUCCGUCCUUUGUUGAGUUCUUAUGAACAGGUUUUUUAAAGAGAUUUGUUGAGU